AUGCAUCACUUCAGCCGGCUGAAGGACAUCCGGAACACCUCGAAAGAGCAGAUGUCCUUUGGAAAGAACAAGAAGAUGGCCGUGCCUCAGGCCGUCUCGGCUUCGUGCGGUCCGGCCGCCGGCUCCUGCUUCUCGGCCUCGUCUGGCUCCCUGCCCGACGACAGCGGCAGCACGAGCGACCUCAUCCGCGCCUACCGCGCGCAGAAGGAGCGCGACUUCGAGGACCCCUACAACGGGCCCGGCUCGUCGCUGCGCAAACUGCGCGCCAUGUGCCGCCUGGACUACUGCGGCGGCGGCGGGGAGCCGGGCGGGGGCCAGCGCGCCUUCUCCGCCUCGUCCGCGUCGGGCGCUGCGGGCUGCUGCUGCGCCUCCUCGGGCGCGGGCGCCGCCGCUUCCUCGUCGUCGUCCUCCGGCUCCCCGCACCUCUACCGCAGCAGCAGCGAGCGGCGGCCCGCCACGCCGGCCGAGGUGCGCUACAUCUCCCCCAAGCACCGCCUCAUCAAAGUGGAGAGUGCCGCCGCCGGCGGGGCCGGGGAUCACCCGGGGGGCGCCUGCUCGAGCGGCCGCACCUGGAGCCCGACGGCCUGCGGAGGCAAGAAACUGCUCAACAAGUGCGCCGCCUCGGCUGCGGAGGAGAGCGGGGCCGGCAAGAAGGACAAGGUGACCAUAGCUGAUGACUACUCGGAUCCCUUUGAUGCCAAGAAUGAUCUCAAGAACAAAGCAGGAAAGGGGGAGAGCGCUGGCUACAUGGAGCCCUACGAGGCCCAGAGGAUCAUGACAGAGUUUCAGAGACAGGAGAGCAUCCGGUCCCAGCACAAAGGCAUCCAGUUAUAUGACACCCCUUACGAACCCGAAGGCCAAAGCAUUGAUUCGGACUCAGAGAACACAGUCAGCCCCCGACUGCGGGAGAGCAAGCUGCCCCAGGAUGAUGACAGGCCCGCGGAUGAGUACGACCAGCCAUGGGAAUGGAACCGGGUCACCAUCCCAGCCCUGGCAGGAUCAAGUCUAAGCUCUUCAGAAAGGGGCUCGGUGACCUGGCCCUCGCCUGUCUAUCCCAUCCCAGUGGCCACUCCUGCCCCAGUGGCCACUCCUGCCCAAAGUCACCCAUCGAGUGCUCUGCAAGCCCAGUUUAACGGCAGCGAGAAGCGGCAGUCAUCCCCCUCACCUUCGCGGGACCGGCGGCGCCAGCUUCGUGCUCCUGGAGGGGGCUUCAAACCCAUCAAACAUGGGAGCCCCGAAUUCUGUGGGAUCCUGGGAGAAAGAGUGGACCCUGCCGUCCCUCUGGAGAAGCAAAUAUGGUAUCAUGGAGCCAUCAGCAGAGGAGAUGCCGAGAACCUGCUGCGACUCUGCAAGGAGUGUAGCUACCUUGUCCGGAACAGCCAGACCAGCAAGCAUGACUACUCCCUCUCCCUGAAGAGCAACCAGGGUUUUAUGCACAUGAAACUGGCCAAAACCAAAGAGAAAUACAUUCUGGGUCAGAACAGUCCCCCGUUCGACAGUGUCCCAGAAGUCAUCCACUACUACACCACCAGAAAGCUACCCAUCAAAGGGGCCGAGCACUUGUCCCUCCUCUACCCUGUGGCUGUGCGGACCCUGUGAGCGGACCAGCCCUGCCCUGCUCUGUGACAGAGCCCAAGACUCGGAAGAGCCGAGGCACCCACCGACCAGCCCGGCCACUGCUGCCAGUCAUGUCCAGUUUGUGUCGUGUGUAUGGUACUAGCACACCACUGCAUGUCUCUAGAAUGCUGUUGCCCCUUCUGGGGGCUGGAAAGGCCUGGAUAAAGACCGAGGGAGGCCCACGCACCACCCCAGCCCCCACCCCAAACCCCUCCUUGAGUUUCUGUGAGUUAAAAUAUUUGCAAAUCCAAGAGAUGCCUUCCAGGGUGAACAGAGGCACUGCGGCUCCGCGGGUGGGGCAGGAGCUCCCUGGGUUGCAUCUCUUUGUUCUCCAGCUGUCACGGAUUCACACCUGUGUAGGGACAGAGUUUUCCCACGGGCCCCACUGGGGCUGGGAGCCAAAUGCUGGCACUUCAAGAGCCCAGGAGGCCCCAGGGUCCCGCCCUCACCCUGGUGUGAGAGUGUGCGUGUGUGUGUGAGCACAUACGGGGGAGAACAUGGUCACACACCGAUGAGUAAACCCACUAAUCUACUUUUAGUCACUCAGUGUAAUCAUUAGAUCGUCAAGGAAUCAUUGUGCUGUCAAAAAGAGGAUUCAAUUAUUUAUGAAUAGGGUGUGUAAAUAAAAUAGUCAUUUAAUAUAUA